AUGCGGCUGGCCGUAGCAACGUUGCUUUGCUUCGCGUGCCGUACCGUCUCCAGGGACGUCGCGCGUUCGCCGAACACCUACAUGUCGAUCUUCAGAGAGGAGCAGGUCAUCUUCACGUCGAGCUUCAACAUCACCAGCAUACUGGUGCCCGUCGACAGCUCCAAGUACAUGCCGGCCGGUGUCUCGGACGUGCCGUCAAUAUUCUUCGCGAUAUCCGACCCCCGUUUAGAGGGCGGCAGCUGCAUCUACGUGCUGGAGGGGCUCGCGGCCUACGAGCUGCUCGAGGGCGGCAGGGACUCUACGGCGGACUACGGCGCCGGUAAGGCGAUCUACUUCGGCGCGAGGGACGGCCUCUACAAGUACGACGCGGACAGCCUCUCCGCAAAGAAGUACGGACCGUUCGACGACGACAUACUGCAGCUGCAAAAGGGCAACGACACCGACGCGAUCUUCAUUCUGAACACCGAGCGGAAGAUCUACAGGAUAGAGAAGAACGGCACCGUCAAGACCAAGAUCCAGUCGAUCAUCUGCGCGCUCGAGUUCGUUCUGGACACUUCGAACAACAUAUACUACAUAGCGUGCGACGACCGGAUGCCGCACAUCGCGCGCCAAGACGGCAGCUACAUCAGCUACGUGACCACCGUAGGCGACGACUUCAAGGACAUCAAGCUGCUACGCCCCGCUUUCGUUAUGGAGAAGUGCAUACCGUUCUUCGCGGACGGCGGCCUCUACAUCCUCUACGCUAACGGCACCACGGAGAAGAAGGACUUCUACAUCCGGGAGCGGCCGUCCGCCUACAGCGUAGACGCGACUCUGUACCUCGUAGCGGCGCUCGACGGAAAAAUCUACGAGUUCAACGUAAUGGAGGUCCUUCUCAAGUCGAUGUUCGGCGUAGUCUCGCAUUGGCCCAGUGACGUGACCAAGAUCAUCAUGUCGAUCAUUGAGACCGCUAAGGACGGCGUCUAUAAAGACUGGGCUUCUAUUCUGGAUCAU